AUUCUACUGCGCAUGCGCUGUACUCCAACAACAACAACAUAGCUGCGAAGUUCGCUAACGGUCAAACGCGCGCGAGCUACAGCCGUUAAACCGACAGCAGCCGUUCAGCCCUUUAUUGACCGUCAUGGCGGCCUAACAGGAAGAAGAAGAAGAAGGAGGAGAAGGAGAAAAAGAAGAAGAAGAACGGGUCGCCCAGAGGACGACGAUGUUCUCCGCCUUGGCUUACGGCGCCGUGGUGUUUCCUGGGCUAUUCUACGGCUUCCGGACUCUCCUGAGACGCACGUUCACGCGCUGGAGUGACGCCGACGUGGUGUGCGUCAGCGAGAGGCUGGUGUCCUCCAUCCAUGCGUGUUUGGCUACCGCAGCUGGGAUCACAGUUGUAACCAACUGCAGGGACGUCAUGACCGACAGCCACUGGCUGGCCAACGGGUUCGCCCUGUUCGGCGCUCCCUACAUGGCCUACGACAUCUACGCCAUGUACCUGAGCCACUACCACGUCCAGAGGGCCAGAGGUCACUCGGGGUCAUACGGCGGCCACUCUCUCCAGACGGCGAAGGCCUUCCUCGUUAAGGACCGGAUGAUGGUCGUCCAUCACCUGGCGCUGCUGCUCGUUUUCCUGCCCAUCACUGUGUUUUUCAGACGCGGACUGGGAGAUUUCUUCAUCGGCUGCCUCUUCGUCACAGAGCUCAGCACUCCGUUCAUCUCCAUGGGAAAGAUCUUCAUCCAGCUGGGCCUUGAUGACACCAGGCUGUACAGACUCAACGGCGUCGCUGUCCUCUUGAGCUUCUUCACGUGCCGGCUCUUGGUCUUCCCCUUCAUGUACUGGAUGUACGGCCGGCAGUUCGGGGUUCCCCUUCACCGAGUGGCCCUCCACCUGCCGCUGCACUGCAACCUGGGUAACCUGGCCAUCCUGGCCCCCCAGGUGUACUGGUUCAGCCUGCUGCUGAGGAAAGCCAACCGACUCUACCUGAGACAGAAAGGAGGGCCGAGAGACGGAGACAAAGACGGGCCGAAGGCGGACUGAAACCAGAUAGAUAUUUUUUUUAUGUAAUUAUAAUAAUUUAAAAAAAAAAAAAUGUAUAUAUAUAUAUAAAAUAGAAAUAUGCAAAAAUUUGAAUAUUAUUAUUAUUAAAAUAUAUAUAAAAAAAAUCAAAUCCUGUUGUGCACUGCGUUAUGUGAAUUGUGACAACAUUUUAAAGCUUUACCAAUUGCAAAUAAAACUGUAGUAACUUUAAA